AUCCCGGUGGGCGGUGAGAGACGGCUAGGGGAGAACUCCUGCUCACAUGAGUAUUUAGCUUCUAGGGUGACCUUGUUAUUUGCCUUGCCAGAUGUAAAACUGAGACCCCGAGAGGAAACAUUCUGCCGCUGUGGUGCUGUCGCCCUUGCUGACCAAGGAAUAGAGGCCAGGGUCCAGUGGGUUACGACUGUUUUUGCCUUGCACUCCUCAUCUCGUGACUUGUGACUCUUCACCAAUCACGGCGGAAUCCAUCAAGCCCACGCUCUGCAGGGUUGUCAUCUAUCUACAGAAGGAGAUGUCAGGGGACACAUGUCUAACCACCCUUUGUCCAGCUGCAGGAUCCAAGCCCAAAACUAGCAACUUCAAAGGGGGCAACCUUGGUAACAAAUAUGUGCGACUAAAUGUUGGGGGUUCCUUAUAUUAUACUACGGUUCAAGUACUGACCAGGCAUGACACAAUGUUGAAGGCUAUGUUCAGUGGCAGAAUGGAAGUGCUCACAGACAAGGAAGGCUGGAUCCUUAUAGACCGUUGUGGGAAGCACUUUGGAACAAUUUUAAACUAUCUCCGAGAUGACACAAUUGCGCUUCCAAAACACAGACAGGAGAUCAAAGAGUUGAUGGCAGAAGCCAAAUAUUAUCUUAUUCAGGGCUUAGUAGACAUGUGCCAAGCAGCCCUGCAGGACAAGAAAGACUUGUAUGAACCUGUCUGUAACAUCCCUAUCAUCACAUCUCCAAAAGAAGAAGAGAGACUCAUAGAAUCAUCAAUGAAACCUGUUGUUAAGCUGCUUUAUAAUAGAAGCAACAACAAAUACUCUUACACCAGUAAUUCAGAUGACAACUUACUGAAGAAUAUAGAACUGUUUGACAAACUUUCUCUCCGAUUCAAUGGCAGAGUUCUCUUCAUUAAAGAUGUUAUAGGGGAUGAAAUCUGCUGCUGGUCUUUCUAUGGACAGGGUCGGAAACUUGCUGAAGUCUGUUGUACCUCUAUAGUGUAUGCCACAGAGAAGAAGCAAACCAAGGUUGAAUUCCCAGAGGCACGAAUAUAUGAGGAAACACUAAAUGUUUUACUUUAUGAAACACCACGAGUUCCUGAUAAUUCUCUGCUGGAAGCAACAAGUAGGAGCCGAAGCCAGGCCUCUCACAGUGAGGAUGAUGAGGGUUUUGAACUUCGUGAUCGAGUGCGCCGAAUCCAUGUGAAGAGAUACAGCACCUAUGAUGACCGGCAGCUGGGCCACUAGCUUGUCAGCAGAGGAGAAAGGGUUUACUUUGAAGGCCUGUACAGAUAUUCUUUGAGUGAGAUCCAGAAGUAGGGAGGGAUAAGUUGGACUCUGGACUAACCUUCCUCUGGCUUCUUGGCUCCUUAAAGAAGCUAAAGGGCAUUUGUCCACACAAAGUAACACUAAUGGACAAAGGCUUUGAGAAAUUGACAUGACUGACAUGUCAAUUUUGCACCACAUGCUUUAAAUAGAGACUGACCCCUUUGUUUGCCACACAAGGAGUUGAAUCUUGAAUACUGCUUCUGACAGUUCAUGAUUGCUCUUUCAUAUCUAAUGAUUUGCCAGUUAUCUUAUUUCCUGUGAGAAAGUACUGUUUUUCCUGGAUAAGAUGGUGUGAUUUGAAAAUCUUUUUCCAGACAGCUGCUCUUUCAGAGUUUUGUGUAACGGAUCUUCCAGUUUUUAAAUCAAGAUGUUAAAGGGGGAGGGGGAGAGAAACUGAACAUGGAUACUUUUAGCAAA